AAAUUGAGGAAUUCAAAAUCCAUAUUGUCACAGACUCACAGUAAUCACCCUAUCAAAAUUCCCGUCAAUGACCCCUUUCCUUCGACAUUUUGCAGUUUCACAACAUCCAUGGAAGUGUGCGCAGGAGCUCGACGCCUACCAUUACCGCCUGAGAAACGCGACAUUGAAAAGAUUAAGCAAAAGCUCCUCCAAAGCGGUGUCGCCCCAACUCCCAAAAUCAUACACAAUAUCUGCAAAAAACGCCUCCAGAAAGUCAACCGUCGGCAGGCCAAACAGGCCGCUAAGGAACCACGGCCUCUUACUGAUGCCCAGAAAGAAACCCUGGCGGAAGAGUUUCACUUCCAGGCCAUAAAAUCUGAGUACAAAAGCUUCGAAAGAUCUCUAAACGCGAAAAAUGAGGGGAAACUCAUAGGACGGCCGUGGGAGAGACUUCACAAGCUUCAAAUGCAAGAACUUUCAAGUGAAAAAAUGCAGUAUUCUGGGGACAAGUUCAGUGCUCAGCCUUUGAGGGAGCUUCGUGACAUAAUCGAGUGCGAAAGGGAGAAGUACAGGUGGAUUCUGGAUGACGAUGUCCAGAUUGAAGAUGGGUGGUCUGAUUAUAAAAGCUCAAAUUGGGAACCACCGAAGCUCCGAGGGGGCGAAUCUGGGGCAAUACGGUUUGUCAUUGACAAAUUGAGCGGUACAAAAAUGAUUGCCAAGAAUUAUAAGUUUUUGCGGGUUAUGAAACACUCUGGGUUGCAGUUUACAGAACGUCAGAUGCUGAAGUUAGUGGAAGGUCUUGGGGAUAGAGGAGAGUGGAGGCAUGCAUUGUCUGUUGUUGAAUGGGUUUAUAACUUGAAGGAGCAUAAACACUACAGAAGCAGGUUUGUUUAUACAAAGCUCUUGGCAGUUCUUGGAAAAUCUAUGAGGCCUCAUGAAGCUCUUGGAGUGUUCAACUUGAUGAGAGGGGAUGCCAGAAUAUACCCAGACAUGGCUGCCUACCAUAGUUUGUGUGUUAUACUUGGCCAAGCUGGUCUUCUAAAAGAGUUGAUCAGCAUUAUUGACUGCAUGAAGGAAAAACCCAAGAAAAUUCAAAAUAUGAGACACAAAGAUUGGGACCCUGCCAUUCUACCAGACAUUGUCAUAUAUAAUGCUGUUUUAAACGCUUGUGUUCCAUCUCGCCAAUGGAGAGGAGUACAUUGGGUCUUUCAACAGCUAAGGAAGAAUGCCUUGAAACCCAAUGGUGCAACCUAUGGACUUGCGAUGGAGGAUAAAUAUAUAAAAUUGCAGGGUUGGGUUGUCCACCAAAAGAAUGUUCUGCAUUUAUAGCCAAGGCACUUCAGUUAUAUCAUCAAGCUGCAUUUGCAUUGUAAGGUGAUAUUUUCAACAUUAAAGGCAAAUUUUUGUUGAAAGGUGAUGUUGAGAUCUAGGAAGUAUGACCUUGUGCAUGAAUUCUUUGAGAAAAUGAAAGCAAGUGGGGUUGCUGUCAAGGCAAUUACAUACAAAGUUCUUGUCAAAGCCUUCUGGGAAGAAGGCAAGGCCAAUGAAGCCAUUCAUGCUGUUAGGGAGAUGGAACAAAGGGGAGUUAUUGGAACUCCUUGUGUGUAUUAUGAACUAGCUUGCUGCCUUUGCUAUCAUGGAAAGUUGGAAGGUGCCUUUUUCGAGAUUAAAAAACUAAGAAGCCUUGGUUGGACUAGACCUUUGGCAGUUACCUUCACUGGGAUGAUAUUGUCUUCAAUGGACGGUGGACAUAUUCACAAUUGCAUAACCAUAUAUGAGCACUCCAAAAAACACUGCAAAAUGGACACUGGAAUCAUAAAUGCCAUGCUGAAAGUGUAUGGUCGUAAUGAUAUGUUUCUUGAAGCCAAGGAAUUGUAUGAGUUGACAAAGAAAGUAGACACCAGUUCUGAAAUUAGUAUCAGUCCAGAUAUAUACACUUUCAGUUCCAUGCUUGAGGCAUCUGCUCAUUCUCUCCAAUGGGAAUAUUUUGACAAUGUUUACAAGGAGAUGACCCUUGUUGGACAUCAGCUUGAUACAAAAAAACAUGCACACCUGCUGGUGGAUGCAUCAAAAGCUGGGAAGAAACUGUUGAUGAUUAGGGUGAGAUCUGCUGCCUGUGUUGCACCCUUCUAACAUACAUUCUUGAUCCAGGGGCAUUUACUUGAUCAUGCAUUUCACACAAUUUUAGAAGCUGGUGAGGUGCCUCCUCUCUCAUUUUUCACUGAGAUCUUAUGCAGUGCAAUCUCGCAGCCUAAUCAUGAAAGAGCUGUCACCAUGGUCAACAUGCUUGCUGUUGCACCUUACCAAAUCACUGAACAUGAGUGGAUUGAGUUCUUCGAAGGCAACCAGGACCGGGUAAAGAAUUAUCAUUUCCAAAAAUGGUUGGAAAUGCUCUGCACAGAGGGCUCGAGAAAUGAAGCUACCAUUGUAAAUUUGUCUAGAGCAUUACAAUCUCUCUUGGGGGAUAGUGGUUCAAACAACUUGAAUUCUGGAGGUGGUAAUGAUCUAAAAUCUGGCAAGGGGGGAGGUGUUACAGAUUUGAUAUUCGAUGAUGAGUUUGAUGAGUUUAAUUUGGAAUCGGUGACCACAGAGGAAGAAGAUUUGUAUGAAUCGGGGAUGCCAUCAACUUAUGAGAUAUUGCAGUCAUGGAAAGAAAUGGAGGAAACACGGUAGCAUUUUUCUUCUAGUUCAUAUAAGCGACCAGUGAACUUGCUCCUUUCCCUAAUGAUGCGACGAGAUAAAGAAAGUUCAAGGUUUUGGUCUAAGGUCAGCAAAGUUCCCUGCAACCCUCUGGCCAGAUUCUAUUUUUUACACCAUAUCAUGCUUCUCGUGUGGCUAGCGAGGUUCAAUACCAGAAACUCCAGUGCAUCAUUGACAAGCUUUUCGACCUCAUGAAGCUUGAACGGCUGGAUUACAUCUGCAGGUAUAGAAUUGCAGUAUGCGCCUACGAUUCCUCGAGCUCAUCAUCUUCCUGACAUGCGGCCACUAAAAUCAAUGUGUUGCAGCAGCUCUGUAGGCAUGUUUUUCUUAGUGUUUUUGUUUAUUUUAAUUAUUUUUGAAAAGAUGGCUAGAUUUGUCUCAUGCGUGUUUUUCUUAAUGUUUUUGUUUAUUUUAAUUAUUUUCGAAAAGAUGGUGAGAAUUUGUGUCUACUAGCAAAUCUUGUUUUUUCUUUCUAUAUAAUCAGAAGCUCAUCAUUAGAUUUACAAAUUUUCACCAGUUUACUCCGUUAUAUGUGCCGCCGGGAUAGUGGGAUAUGAAUUUGCUGAUGUUAGCAUUGCUUGAGCUG